AUAUCGCAAAUCCUCGAAGCGCUCGUCAUUAGCUGUAGCGAUCAACAGAUCUUUACUGGCGGAGCAUAUGCCAUCACCCUCCGAUAUGCCAAGGCCUGCACCGUCUCAGCAUACCACUACAAUGUCGUCUCCAACAUCCUCCUCGUCACCUGCGCCACCCAUCUGAUGGCUGUCACCGUGUCCAGCAACUACUGGGAACAUCGCUUUGUUGGAGGACUCCGACUCAUCGUCACCUCGCUCGUCUAUGUCAUCACUGGAAUUCUUUUGUCCAACCGCGGUGAGCCCGACCUGGGCUUCCCAACCCAAGUUCCAGCAAACAAUGAGACCCACAGCUUCAUGCUCCUACCGGCCGCUUGCUUCCAGACAGAUGGUAUCAGGCUCGGCACAGAGCUUGACAAGUCCUUCAAGGUUAGCUCCGCGAACGAAUUCUUCAACGGCCAGGUUCAUGGAUGGACGCAGUUCAUCAUCCUGUUCUUGUUCUACUUCCUGGCUGCCAUGGUGAGCGUGGGCAGACUUGUACGUCGUGGGCAGGAUCACAAUGGCAGGAGAACAAGGUUUAUUGCCUGGUUCAAGCUCAACCUCAGGCCCCUUUUCCGAUGGAAGAGGUUCUUCUACAUUCUCUUCGGCUUGUAUCUGAUUGCAGGUAUUGCCGUUUCUUCCUGGACGGUUGUGACAUCGGCUCUCUAUGUGUUUGCUCUUCGCCGUUGGGUUCACGGCUCUGGCUGGAUGGAACCCAUCGAUGAGGAGAUUCCAGACCGGAUUGCUGAGAACGAUCCUUCCACCUUUGGCCAGCUUGUUCCUGUCCUUCUGAUAUCCUUGACUCUGUUCACCUUCAUGCAAGUCAUUAGCGAUCGCGUCACGCUUCGGCGUCAACUGUCCAACCGGCGCAAGAAGAAUAUUGAAAAGCACAACACACCCACUGUGGUUCAGUACGAUGGUGGUGGGUCUGACUACCCCGAAAACGGGCAUGGAUUCAAGCUUGAGAAGUCCGUCGUGGUAGGAGUGGCAAUCAGUGAACCAGACUUGGACCCCCCAAAACCAAUCGAUAUCGAAGCUGCCGGCGGAAGACGCAGCCAAAGCCGCAGCAGGGAUGGAAGCAGCACCGGCACCACCACUCAGUCUAUUCACCGACCUUCUCAACCGCAAGUCCACUCCCCUUCCCACACCCGCACCCACUCUCGCCAAAACAGAUCAUUCUCCAGUCCUCGUCCUCCUCAAGGCUUUGGAACACCUGAGCCUGGCCAUCAGUCUCCCAUGCCCGGGUUUCAAAGUCCCGCCUUUCAGCAGUCGCAGAGUCCUACACCUCCUAUAAGCCAAGGUCCACUGUCGCAGCCAACGUCGGGUUAUGUAGAUCAACCUGACUUUCAGCUGCCAGCAUUCGACUUCGGACCGGGUGUUAACCCCAAUGGUUCGGCGCAAAGCUUGCCAUUGAAAGGGGAGGUCCACUCUCACCAGCGAGGCCCCUCGGACGUCUCAAGUCUUUCACAAGCAAGCUACACACCUUCUCACAGCUCCCACCAAGUGUCCCAGCUGUCUCAAGGAUCAGUCGCACCGCCUGUGCCGAAGAAGUCUAGGUCGAGAGAGCUGAGAGAGCAACAAGCGCAGCAGCAGGAUCGACGGCCUGGCCCACAGGGGGAGUUUGGCCUCGGGGGAAGGGACGCUUCUCGCACGUUUUGA